CAGUAUCGGAGUGAUCAAGACGUUAAGACAGAAUAUCGUUUCCGAACAUUGUCUGGAGUUUUGUCUGUUGAUUUUCCCAAAAGGAGACAUGAAGUUAAGUAUAACGUUGAUUGCGUUAUGUUUUGUCCCGAUAGUAUGGGGACAGAUACUGAACCAGGGUGGCGAUACGCUACAAGUCCAUAGUAAAGCAAUACUGGACUUACAGUUAAGGUUAUCUACUGUAGAACAUUUGCGCAAUGAAGACGAACUACGUAUCGCUGAUCUUGCAAAACGGCAGCUAAUUGACCAGAGACGUAUCGCCGACCUUGAGGAACAACAACAAAUUGAUGACAGCCGUAUUUCUGAUCUUGUAAACAAAAGAGAUGAGGACAAUCGAACUAUUGCUGACCUUGAGAAAAACCGACAAGACGAUCAGCAACGUAUUGCUGACCUUGAGAAAAAGCGACAAAAUGACCAGCAACGCGUUGCUGACCUUGAGAAAAAGCGACAGAAUGACCAGCAACGCAUUGCUGACCUUGAUAAACAGCAACGUGUUUUUGAACACCGGAUUGCUGACCUAGAGAAGAACCCAAGAGAUGGUGAUCAGCGUCGUUUAACCAACACUCAAAAUCAGCAACAUCGUAGACACGUGGUCUCCCAUCAUAGAUUUCCUUUUAACUCGUUAACCAACAGUACAACACAUAUGGCUGAUGGAAGACGCAUGCCUAGCGUUAGGAAAACGAGAAGUGUUGGAACGUAUCCCGGAAAUUCUGAGUUAGCAGGUCCAACGUUGGAAACAAUUAACCAAGGGAUCAAAAAACGUGUUUCCACGGACAAUCAAGGUAUGGUGGCAUUUUAUGCUGUUCUAACGCACAGUAUCAAGCCAGUCGCUAAUCUUAUUGAAAUACGUUUCGACCGUGUAAUCACUAAUAUUGGGGGUUCCUACAGUGGAAAUACGGGUACUUUCACGUGCACACACGCGGGCGUGUAUGUGUUCUCGUGGACAGUGCAUGUAGAUCCACGGUACAUGUACACGGAACUAGUAAAAAACGGAGUAAUGGUUGGAAGUGCGUUCUCUGGAGAUUCUCCGUACAGCGGAAUCGGAGGAGGAACCGUGGUUGUGCAGCUGGACCAAGGAGACGAAGUUUGGGUCCGGGUAGAAUUCCAUGUGUCUGGAAGUUACAUUUACGUCGAUAGGCAUACAACAACGUUCUCUGGAUUUCUUCUCCAGUAGCAGUGAUCUAUGGACUUACUUAACAGUAGCCACAUAAACACGCAUCUCACGCACACGCGAGUGUAGAUAAGACGCAAUAUACAAACUGUGUUGUUUAUAAAGAAAAUAACAACAUAACAGACUCUCAUUGCGCUAUCCAUAUAAAAACGUAUACCAUUUACUGAU